AGCAGUUCCCGUGGGUGAGAGAGAUCUGGGGCCAUUUACUACAGGAAUCUGAAAGCCAUCCAAGCUCGCACGAUGCAGGAUCGCGCUGGGGAAUGAAUCAGACAAUAUCACGCAGCUUUGUGGUGAAGCGGGUGCGUGGAGCGCGUUCACAAGAUGUCUGUGCGGAGAUCGUGGACUUCCCCAGCGGCAUCAGCUCAACGGAGCUGAAGAUGCACAUCAAGAGGAGUUGGGACUGGACGUGGCAUUGUGGACGAUGCGCUUCCCCGAUUAUCCUGAGGUCGAGGAACACGUCACUGACACCAGCUUUCCGGACCACGGCAGGGAGUUUCAGGAGCCGAUUGUCAUCACGCUCUCAGCAGUUCCCGUGGGUGAGAGAGAUCUGGGGCCAUUCAUUCAUUCAUUCAUUCAUCCGUUUCUUCGUUGGAUGAUGCUGUUUGAUUCUUCACCCGCAGGAGACUGGGCAGCGCGGCGCUCUCCUCCUUCUUUGCUUCAUUGCAUUCAUUAUUCUCGGCAGCACUGGCCUCCACACCUGGGCAGGAUACAUACUCAGCCAUGGCAUGUUCUUCGCCGGAGAGACCGGCCAGAGCGGCACCCUCACCACGAGGCUUACGACAUUCGGGCGGUGUGUCACGGGCAUGUUCACAAGGGAGUGGUGACCCUGACGAGCGGUGGCAAGGCAAGGAGAGCAGCAUGGAAACGCCGCUUUUGGAGGAUAGUUUCACUCGAGAGUGAGAGGGAGAGAGAGGGCGGAGGGCGAGAAGAAAGAGCUGGCACAAGCCUUCGGCGUGUUUGGGUGCUUACAAGUUGAAUAGCCCUGUCGAUUGGUCAAGGUAAAUGACACAUAGGGGUAUGCCUUUGCCUCAUGGUGUUGUCGUCUUGUUGUCAUCCGUAGCCGUCUUGUUGUUCACGCGGAGAAGCGGCGGAUCAUGAGAUUUCUUG